CGCACACGCAGAUCAGGAAGUGAGACAGUGUGAGGCCGUUCAGCUGGGUAGGCCGGGUGCUGCUGCUGGGCUCCAGGGGAGCCGUCUGCAUCUGUGAUGUGACCGUCGUUCGUCCGGCUUCUGACGACGAUCGCUUCACCCCCCCCCCCCGAUCUUGCGUGGACGUGGAGCUGCGCGGCGGCCAUGGGGUCCAGGCUGAAAGAAAAUCCAGAGGGAACUUUUUAUUGGUUCUUUGAAGCCACCUGUCCUAUUGCCAACGAUAAAGAUCCAGGAGUGAUAUUCCAGUUUCCUGAAGACUUCAGUGAUGAGGAGUCCCUCCAGGCCCUGCCGCGGUUCUGCUUCCCCUAUGACAUAGAGAGGGUGAGGGAGUCAGUGGCCAUUCAGCACUUCACCUUUGUGCUCACGGACCUGGAGGGAUGCCAGCGCUUCGGCUUCUGCCGACUGACGUCCAGCUCCAGGACCUGCCUCUGCAUCCUGAGCUACCUGCCUUGGUUUGAGGUAUUCUACAAACUUCUGAACAACCUAGCUGACUGUCGGACAAAAGGCCAGACCAAUGAGAUGCGAGCGCUACUGUCCACCCUCUACAAACACCCCGUGCCGGAGGCCAACAGCCCUGUCACUCUGCAGCUGGAGGGCGAACAGCUACAGGUCAGAUUUGGGGCACAGGAGGCCCUCCACGGCCACUCAUCCCCCCCACUGGGAAAGGGAGGAUCGGGGAUCCCUUACUUCAUAGCCCCUGACCCCAGGAGUCUUCCCUCCAUCCCAGAGAGUAGGAACCUGACUGAGUUCGUGGUAGCUGUGGAUGUCAGCAACCUACUGCAGCUCUAUGCCAGCAUGUUAUUCGAGAGGAGAAUUCUCAUCAGCUCCAGCAAGCUGAGCACGUUGACAGCCUGUGUCCACGCCUGCACUGCCAUGUUGUACCCCAUGUACUGGCAACACAUAUUCAUCCCAGUGCUCCCCCUUCAUCUGCUGGACUACUGCUGCGCCCCCAUGCCCUACAUCAUUGGUGUCCACUCCAGUCUUAUGGAGAGAGUGAGGAGCAGAGCCUUGGAGGAUGUGGUCGUAUUAAACGUGGACACGAACACCAUGGAGUCCCCAUUUGAGGAUCUGAAAAGGAUUCCUUCAGAUGUGCUGUCGCUGCUGAAGGUUCGGCUGAAGAAGCAGUCCGCAGCCCCAGGCGCGGGUGUGGCCCGGGCCUUCCUGAAGACGCAGGCCCUGCUUUUCGGGGGGUACAAAGACGCACUGCUGUGCCCCUCGGAUGGGGCUCCGGUGAGGUUUUGCGAGGAAUCGUUUGUGAACCACAAGUCCCACAGCGUGAGGCAGUUUCUGGAGAGCGCGGUGCACCUGCAGUUCUUCAAGCAGUUUAUUGACGGACGCCUAGAGCUUAUGAACAGAGGGAUUGAGCCUGUGGAUCUGUUUGAGGAGGAAAUUCUUCAGUCUGGGGAGUCUCCAGGUGGCAGACGAUCCUACCAGCAGCUUGUAGGGAACCUGAAGAAAGGGGGCGGAGCUCUGAUUCUCACAGUCAAGUCUAAGGCCAGCAUGUGCAAAUCUGCUAAAGUUCAUGCCAAAUCCAGCUUGAAGAAUUUCCUGUCUUCCAAGGAGGAGAACGAGGUGGCCAUGCUGUACAGAGGGGGGUCUCUGCGGUCUGAUGCCCCAGGAACGUAUAUGCACCGCCGCGUUCAGUCCGACUGUCUGCAGAGCCGUCUGCCAAUCACACAGCACUUUGGGAUGUCUCGGCCACGUCGCCCAGCUCGCAGGUACAACCGGCAGCCUGAGGAGAGAGCAACAGAGAAGAACAGCACCUGGAGCCCAGACUGGGAGGACGAGCCUUUGGAAGAGGACCCAGGCAGUGCAGACAGUGUGCAGGUAGAUGAGGCUGAUGGAGACCUGCUGACGGAUCCAGAGGAGAUGGACCUGCUGGGGGAGAUCUUCGACACGCUCAGCUGCCGAAGCGUACACGAACGCGGGUACCUGUACGGGACCCGCAGCCUGGACCUGUUCGGCCCCGACUCUGCCGACUACAUCACCCGGAAGGAGAUGGUCGCUCCGAGCCAGGAGAGCCUGAGCGCCUCCUUUGGGAGGAGCGGAAGUCUCUUGAGCUGGGGCCAGGAGGACGGGCCCGAGGAGGAGGAGGGGCCAGAUGCACAGGGGGAGGAGCCUGUCAGGCAGAAAGAGGAGGAGCAGGAGGAGGAGGGGCCAGAUGCACAGGGGGAGGAGCCUGUCAGGCAGAAAGAGGAGGAGCAGGAGGAGAAGGAGGAUCAGGACAAAGACCUUCAAGAAGAGAAGGGGGAAGUGAGGAACCUCCAGCAGGAGAAGACGGAGAAAGUAAAAGAGGAGCAGCUGGAGAGACAGCAGGAGGUUCAGAGCAAGGAGGUCCCGCAGGAUCACCAAGAGGGGAACCAGCCUCGCCAAACAGGAUCUCUGCCCUCUCCCACAGAACCGGAGGCAGCCCCCACCCUUAGCGCCGCCCCUGGCUCUGAGAUGGCCUCGGGAGACGUGCUAUGGGGAGCUGGGUGCAGAGUGGAGUCCGGAUGGAAGGCCCAGCACGCGGGACACGGGCAAGAGAGCGCCCCCCGGAUCAGUGCUGACAGCAGGGCCACGGAGCCCGCCACACCCUCCCCAGCUGGGAAAGCGUCAGAGCCAGGUCUCCAUCCUGGCGCGGGGCUGGGGGAAGGUACAGACGGAGAGGGGGGCAGCAGGUCCCCCAGGCCCAGAGUUCGGUCUGCCCUGGCUCUUUUUCAGGCUAGAGAAGGGGGCGGGGCCUGGAAGCCAGGCAGUACCUCCAGGGGCGGAAUCUCUCCUCCCGAAAAUUCCUCCACCCAGGCCUCCCCUCCAGACAGAAUAUCUGUCUCUGUAGCGAGCCCCCCCGGGCCAGGGGACCCCGGGACCGCCCCGCUCAUGAGGUCUUCUCCUGGUGGGACACACGCAGACCCUGACACCGCCGAAGACGGGGAGGACCGAGACCUGCCCCUUGUGAAGGUGUCUGAGCUGAAGAAGAGAUUUGAGGCUUGAAGAAGGAUUCGAGAUUUGUCUGUUAGCGCGCAAGAGAGAGAGAGAGAGAGAGAGAGAGAGAGAGAGAGAAACAGUGACCGGCCUGCUGCCCAAUACACACUGCAAGCUGUGGCAUGACCGGUUCUGUUACAGAUGCCAAUGUUCUCUGACAACGCAGUUCCUCUCCAUGGCCAACAGGUGUCACUCAUCAGACCGAGCUUCAGCCUGGAGACCAAAGAGGACUAAGUGCAGUCAAGGGGCUCUUUCCAAUGGCUUAUUUUUGCCUCCUCGUUUCCUGCCCUUGCCUCUUUCCCUCCAGUCCAGGCUGCACCCAUUUGAAGAAGACAAGGAGAGGAAGUGAGGGCAGGAAGCAAGGCACGAGGGCUCAAGAAAACAUGUAUUUAGGCAAAUGGGAUGUCCUUGCUCCUUCAAAUGUGAGUUUGAAGUCACGUCAAUUACAAACUGAUGGAGGGAGGUUAAACAACAGGUCGAUCGUGUCUACGUCAUCAAUUCCAAAAAAAAAAAAAAAAAAUGGAUGCACUGCCGUUUUCUUCCUCAAUGAUUCUCUGGGAACAUUUAACAGGUUGAAAUGUCCUUAAAGAUGAUCAAUUUCCGGGUUCAGACAAGGAAGGAGGAGACAAGGAAGGAUGAAAUACGUCAUUGGAAUAUGAGCCCCAGGCCUAGAGCUAAACUGGGACUCCUCGCAGCAAAACCAUUUUGUCUCACCGUCUGCUGGCUCAUCAAAAGGUGGCGUGACUUCAUUCACCUAACCUGUGCAACUUGUUCUUUUCAUCUCCACCUGACAGCUACCUGACAGCUUUCCUCUAUGUCAGGGGUUGGGCAAUUCCUGGAGGGCCGAUGUGUCGGCAGGUUUUUGUUUCCACCAAUUGCCCUGGCUAAAUGAACUGAUUGGCUGCAUACACCAAUACUGGUUCACUCAUAGAUUAGAUCAUAGUAAAAUGUUUUAAUGUAGGGACAUAAGAACAAUAUUCGGCUGUCAUUUUAAUGCGCUUAUCAUGAAGUGUAGCUACAAUUUGAGGUGGCAUAAUGUUAGGGCUAAUUAAGGAAUUAAAGCCAGCAUUUGGCAUGAAAACCAGAAACAGAUACGGCCCUCAUUGCCCACCUCUGCUCUAUGUCCUCGCAUCAGUUCCUGACAGGCCCUGACACAGAAAAAGAACUCACCGUGUGCCAUCACUCAUGUGAAAACACCACUGAAACUCUUUAAAAAGAAACGCACAAAGAGGGUUCCAGGCAUGACAUUUUGCAAUGUUACAAGUAAAAGCUGGUUUCUAGCAGCCAUGCCACCCUGCACCCUUCUCAUGGUUAAGUACUGAAUCUAAGCAAGCCUGGGGUGUGACCCUUUAGGGCAGCGGUGUCAAACUCCAGUCCUGGAGGGCCACAGUGACCGCUGGUUUGUGGCGUUUCAGCAAGAGAGAUUAAUUUUUUGGGUAAAGAGUCCACACACCUUGUUCUCAAGGCCUUAAUUAGCUGCUGAUCGAAAGGAAACCACAAAUACCAGCAGACACUGCGGCCCUCCAGGACUGGAGUUUGACUUUGCCCUAGGGCUGUCCAAUCGUAUCUGAAAAUGGUGCUGGUAUUUGUUUUAGCCGAGCACUACAACACCAGAUUAUAUUCUUGACUGAAGACCAUGAUUAGUCAGGUGUUGUAGUGCCGGGUUUUGUUUUAACCCAGCACUACAACACCUGACUAAUCAUGGUCUUCAGUCAAGAAUUGACCUAAUUGGAUUGACCCUUGGACCCUUGUCACUUGACCCACGGGAUAGUGAUCUGGGUACCAUGCAUUUCCUCAGAGGAGACGUUAAACCAAGGCAAUCAAAGGGCUCAUUUUGAAAUUAGUAGGGGAGCAAACUUCAGCACAGGGGUGGUCCAAUCAAAAAAGGGUCAGUGUGGGUGGAGUGUUUGUUUUUUAGUCCAUCACUACACUACCACACCUGAUUGAACCAAUUCAUGGUCUUCAACCCAGACAUAGAAAAGUACAACCAGGUGUCUUAGUGCUUAGUACUGAAGAAGCACAAAAACCUGCACCCAGAUCCAGCAUCCAGCUUCUUCAGAUAAGAUUGGAAACCCCGGAGUCAGAUGCAGAUGUCUCAUGCUGGAAAAGCCACAGCAAUGCCCAACCAAUAGGAUAGAGAGGUACUUUUAAGGUGAAAACAAAAGCCAGCAGAACCAGUAGCCCUCCAGGGCCAGGGUUGGAGACCACUGCCUUAGGCCAAUUUUAACUCUCUCUCUGUAGUAGGAUCUUGCGGAGCAUGUCACUGACACGGCACUGACACCGUUUUGACAUUCGAUGAGAAACGGACACACAUUUCCUUUUGCUUACAUGUUAUUUUAUGUCGCAUUUUUAAAUAUAUUAAAAUAAGAAGCAUGUUGUGAUUUGUUUCUCUUUUAAAAACCUGUCAGUAAAGCUGGACUUUGCCCCCGAAAA